AUGAGAUCCCUACCACCACCAAGAAUUACUCGAGCAAGAAGAUGGAAACGAAUCAAACGUGCUUUGAAAAGUUUAUUUGAAAAGGGGUAUAUAUCCGAUUUUACGGUCUUCUACAAACGAUGUCAAAAGAACCAUUAUUCAAUUAGUAAAAUAAGAAGAACUAGAUUUACUUAUCGCUUUGUCAACACUGAAAGAAAAGGUGUUGUAAAACGGGCUAAUCGUGGGUUAAGAUUUGCUAGAAUGAUUGGCAGAAAAGCUACAAAAUUCACCAUGCCAGGUUUAAAAAAAGGAUUACGUGCUUCAAGAACCGUCACUAGUCCAGGUGUUGAUAUCAGUGUGAGAUUUUAA